AUGGAGUCCCCAGACACAACAGCAAAUAAAGAAGAUGAGGCAAGCAUUGACCUGUUGGCUAUCGUGCUGGACACGAAUCCCUCCCAGCUGAUUGUUCGACAAAAUCCACAAAAUCUAACACAGAUUCUGGAGGCAGUCAUCGCCUUUGGCAAUGCGCACCUCAUGCAGAAGGCGCAGAAUAAAUUGGCUGUGCUCUCCUGUUCACAUUACAGCACAGAGUUUCUAUUCCCCCUGCCGGGCAGGCAGGUAGAGCUGCGCCAAAUAGAUGCCCAAUAUGAAGCGUUCAGUUUAGUGGAAAAGACGGUGAAGCAACAGUUGGGCAGCAUACUCAUGAAUGCGCCUCGUUUGAGCGCGCCGUGCGAAAGUUUACUAGCGGGCAGCAUGUCCAUGGCAUUGUGCUACAUAUCACGACUGCAAAGGAAUGUCCCGGCUGGCGUAAAGAUGCAUUCACGCAUUUUGGUGAUCACGGGCAGCAAUGAGUGCGCCUCGCAGUAUAUGACCUUCAUGAAUGUCUUCUUCACGGCCCAAAAGUUGGGCAUUGUCGUUGACACCUGCGCCCUGGACAAGACACUCAGUUUGCUGCAACAGGGAUGUGACAUAACGAACGGUCAAUUUCUCAAGGUCAAUCAGUUGGAUGGCUUGUUACAGUACUUGCUGUGGGUCUUCUUACCAUCACCGCAGAUGCGGCACAAGCUGGUGCUGCCACCCACACCCAAGGUUGAUUAUCGCGCCUCUUGUUUCUGCCAUCGCGAGUUAAUAGACAUUGGCUACGUUUGCUCCGUAUGCCUGUCUGUCUUUUGCAAAUAUAGUCCAAUCUGUACCACAUGCCACACGAUUUUCAAGACUCCUGGACCACUGCCCAUUAAGCCCAAGAAGAAAAAGAAGAUUGACAAAAAUUGAACAAACAUGCUUUGAAACGCGCACAAACGUAUUUCUUAAAUUUCC